AAGCUAUAAUUGAGACGGUUCCGGGUUCCGUCAAAUUUUCCUUUAUCUUAUAUUUUCGUUCUUUUGAACAAUCCAUCCUGUAUCCUCGGUCUAGGGUUUAAGAACCAGAGUUCCCCACUUUAGGGUUUAAUCACUCUCUCGUUCCUGCAAUCUUGUUCAAGCAGAAUGAGGGUCAAAGUGAUUUCGCGUCCAACAGACGAAUUUACUCGUGAACGUAGUCAAGAUCUCCAGAGAGUAUUUCGGAACUAUGAUCCCAAUUUGAGACCUCAGGAGAAGGCGGUGGAAUAUGUUCGAGCUCUUAACGCAGCUAAAUUAGACAAGAUUUUUGCAAGACCGUUUGUUGGGGCAAUGGAUGGACAUAUAGAUGCUAUUUCAUGUAUGGCUAAGAAUCCAAGUUAUUUGAAAGGAGUAUUUUCGGGCUCGAUGGACGGAGAUAUCCGUCUGUGGGAUAUAGCCUCCAGGCGAACUGUUUCCCGUUUUCUUGGUCACCAAGGUGCUGUAAAGGGUUUAGCAGCAUCAACAGAUGGACGUGUUCUUGUAUCAUGUGGACUUGAUUGCACUGUCAGGUUGUGGAAUGUGCCUGCUCCCUCUUUCAUGGAAUCUGAUGAUAUAUCUGAUGGGUCUCUAACGCCUUUUGCAGUGUACACUGGACAAAAUGCAUACAAAGCUGUUGAUCACCAGUGGGGUGGGAAUCUCUUUGCUACAGCCGGUGCACGGUUAGAUGUUUGGGAUCAUAACAGGUCACAACCAGUGAACAGCUUUGAAUGGGGAGUUGACACUGUUGUAUCUGUUCGUUUCAAUCCUGGGGAACCAAAUCUGCUGGCUACAUCAGGCAGUGACCGAAGCAUCGCAAUAUAUGAUCUUCGUUUAUCUACCCCGGCGAGGAAGAUUAUCAUGCAGACAAAGACAAAUUCGAUCUCUUGGAAUCCAAUGGAGCCAUUGAACUUUGCUGCGGCAAAUGAGGAUUGCAAUUGCUAUAGCUUUGAUAGUAGAAAACUGAGUGAAGCUAAGUGUGUUCAUCAAGAUCAUGUAUCUGCAGUGAUGGACAUUGAUUACUCUCCUACAGGUCGAGAAUUUGUUACAGGGUCCUAUGAUAGAACAGUAAGAAUUUUCUCCUAUAAUGGUGGCCACAGUCGGGAAAUCUAUCAUACAAAGAGGAUGCAAAGGGUAUUCUGUGUGAAGUACAGUUGCGAUGCUUCAUAUAUAAUAUCUGGAAGUGAUGACACAAAUCUGCGGCUGUGGAAAGCAAGAGCAUCUGAACAAUUAGGAGUUGUUCUUCCUAGAGAACAAAAGAAGCAUCAGUAUGAUGCUGCUGUAUUAAAGCGUUACAAGCACCUUCCGGAAGUGGGUCGUAUAUUUAGGCACAGGCAUUUGCCUAAACCAGUGUACAAGGCACAGAAUUUGAGACGUACAAUGAUGGAAACACAGCAGAAGAAAGAGGGAAGAAGAAGAGCACACAGUGGCCCAUCCAGUGUGCAGAAGAAGCCAAUGCGAAAGGGUAAAAUCAUUAAAGAGAUUGAGUGAAGGCUGCAUCAGCUUCGAAUUCAUACCCCACUUGAUGAGCAUCUGCAAGCUUUCUAAUCAGCUGAAUGUACGGACAUAAAAGAAAACGGAAGAUAGGGUCAUUGGGACGUAUUGGAAAGUUGGAACUUUUGCCUUUUUGUAGGUAAAGUGUUAUAGUAUAUACUUUUUAUGACCUGUGUCCCUGCUCUAGAGUGUCAGAAUGACCGGGUCUAUUCUCAGCCAUCUCUAAACGAAUUUUGAAAGGUGAAGCUCAAGUUCAGCCUAUUUACAAUUUGCUUGGCUACAAUUUUGACGACAUAUUUUCUGUAAUUCAUAGUAUGUAAUCCCUUUUUUAUUUCUUUAUUGUAUUUGAUGUUUUUUCGGUAUAUCGUUUGAAAAUAAUGAUCAAAUGUACUGUAGUUUCUGUA